UUCAUUCAAAUUUUAGGUUAUGUUUUGAAAAAAAUGGGAGAAUCAAUUCUAUAAAAAAUUGAAUAGUGCAAGUCCUGUGAUCUUAAUUGUAAAAUUGUAUUUUGCUAUGAAGUCGGUGUUAAUGGUGGCCGAGAAGCCAUCGUUGGCGGCUUCUUUGGCUAGCAUUUUAAGCAACGGUUCCAAUUCAACACGAAAAGGCUCUAAUGGCGUUUGCUCUGUCCAUGAGUGGAACGGAACAUUCCAAGGAACUUCAGCUAGAUUUAAAAUGACUUCGGUUUGUGGUCAUGUAAUGGGUGUAGAUUUUAUAAGUAAGUACAACAACUGGGAUCGCGUUGAUCCAGUUGAACUCUUCUCAUGCCCCAUUGAAAAGAAAGAGGCAACUCCGAAGUUUAAAAUGCCGGCAUUUUUAAGUAAUGAGGCUAAAGGGUGUGAAAACCUUAUUUUAUGGCUUGAUUGUGACAAGGAAGGUGAAAAUAUUUGCUUUGAAGUGAUGAAUUCUGUAGCAAGAAGUAUGGCGGGAGACGUGUAUUCUAGAAAGGUGACAUAUAGGGCUCGGUUUUCCGCAAUUACAGAUAGAGAUAUAAAAGCCGCUUUUAAUAACUUAGCUCAUCCAAAUGAAAAUGAAGCCAGAAGUGUUGAUGCCCGACAAGAACUGGAUUUACGAAUCGGAUGCGCAUUUACUCGCUUCCAAACGAAGUUUUUUCAAGGUCGUUACGGCGAUUUAGAUUCGUCUCUAAUAUCAUAUGGCCCUUGCCAGACUCCUACUUUAGGCUUCUGUGUACAACGACAUGAUCAAAUUCAGACUUUUAAGCCUGAACCUUAUUGGGUUAUCAAAGCUGUUGUUAAGACGAAAGAUGGCGAUGACGUCAAUUUAGAAUGGAAAAGAGUUCGAUGUUUUGAUAAAGAAGUAGCCAAUAUGUUUCUUCAACAGAUCAAGGAUCAAAAAGAAACGAGGGUUAUAAGCGUCGUAUCUAAAGAAAAAGCAAAAAGCCGCCCUGUAGCUCUCAACACAGUAGAAUUAAUGCGUGUAGCAAGUUCUGGUUUAGGAAUGGGACCGCACCAUGCAAUGCAAAUUGCCGAAAAAUUAUACACUCAAGGAUACAUAAGUUACCCUAGAACAGAAACCACUCGAUAUCCAGAAAACUUCGAUUUAGUAGGUGUAUUACACCAGCAACAAAACAGCCCCGAAUGGGGAGACGAAGUGAAGGAAAUUCUUUCGAAAGGUGUUAACAGACCCAAGCAGGGUCAUGACGCUGGAGAUCAUCCUCCAAUAACACCUAUGAAAUUAGCUUCAAGAAAUGAGCUAGAUACAGAAUCGUGGAAAUUGUACGAUUAUAUUACGCGUCAUUUCAUAGGAACUCUUGCUCGAGAUUGUAAAUAUUUGAGUACUACAGUGACGGUUAUGAUAAAUGAAGAAACUUUUACUGCUACCGGAAAGACUCUUCUUGAUCCAGGAUAUACAACAGUAAUGACCUGGCAGGCAUUUGAUAAAAAUGAAAUUGUUCCAAAUUUGAAAGAGAAUGAGUUGGUGCCGAUUAAAGAUAUGCGUUUGACUGAACAUCAAACAUGCCCGCCAGAUUAUUUAACGGAGGCUGAGUUGAUUACUCUGAUGGAGACUCAUGGUAUUGGAACAGAUGCAUCGAUUCCUGUGCACAUUAACAAUAUAUGUCAAAGGAAUUAUGUUACCGUUACCUCUGGUAGGAGGUUAAAGCCUACGACGUUAGGAAUUGUAUUAGUGCAUGGAUAUCAAAAAAUUGAUGCAGAACUAGUACUACCGACAAUGAGAUCUGCAGUCGAAGAACAACUCAAUCUAAUCGCUUUAGGUAAAGCGAAUUUCCAUGCAGUGCUCAAACACACUGUAGAUAUAUUCAAAUUGAAGUUUCAGUAUUUUGUGAAAAAUAUUGAUGGAAUGGAUCAGUUGUUUGAAGUUUCUUUUUCUCCGUUGAGUGCAUCAGGGAAAGCGCAUUCGAGAUGUGGCAAAUGUCGCAGGUAUAUGAAGUAUAUUCAGGCGAAACCACCGAGACUGCAUUGUCCUCAGUGCGACGAAACCUACAGUUUGCCUCAGAAUGGAACGGUAAAGUUAUUUAAGGAACUUAAAUGUCCAUUAGACGAUUUCGAAUUGUUAUCGUGGACUAUGGGAAAUAAGGGAAAGAGUUUUGUCUUUUGUCCUUAUUGUUAUAACCAUCCACCUUUCAAAGAUAUGAGAAAAGGCAAUGGUUGUAAUUCUUGUUCUCACCCUACGUGCCCGUACAGUUUGAACACGAAUGGUGUAUGCAGUUGUGUUGAAUGCGAGUCAGGUGUUUUGGUUUUGGACCCUUCCUCAGGUCCAAAGUGGAAACUUGGUUGUACAAGAUGUGACACCAUCGUCUGCUUAUUCGAUGACGCCCAAAAGAUCACCGUUUUGUCAGAAGUAUGUGAUUGUGGAGCUCAAUCAGUUAAUGUCGAAUAUAAACCAGAGAAAUCAAAACUCCCGAAUUCAGUAACUGAAAUGAAAGGAUGUGUAUUUUGUACUACCGAGUUUGGCAAACUUGUGGAUAAGCCUAAAACUGCUGUUAAUGUAAGACCUAGACAGUUUAGAGGUGGCAAAGCUCCCAAUAGAGGCAGAGGUAGAUCUAGAGCGAAACCGAAAGAUAAAAUGGCCCAGCUUGCGGCCUACUUUGUGUAGAUCUCGAUUAAAAACGAUUAAUUAAUUUAUAUCCGUAAUUGUUGUAGUUAUACAUGUAUUAAGAAUUUACGAAUAUAUAAUUUUAUUUCUA